CUCAUCGAGACGUUCAGACCGGGAGUGAUGGAGAGACUGGGUUUGGGUCCCGAAGUCUUAACGGCUGCCAACGAACGGCUCGUUUAUAUGCGGAUAUCAGGCUUCGGACAAACCGGGUAUUUGUCUCAAAAAGCUGGACAUGACAUCAACUACUUGGCCAUCACUGGUAUACUGUCAAAGUUAGGCAAACGCGACCUACCGGUGCCGCCCAUUAACGUAUUGGGUGACUACGGGGGCGGAGGUUUGAUGGCAGCGCUCGGCGUAAUACUGGCGCUGUUUGAGAGGACUAAGUCAGGAAGAGGUCAAGUGAUUGACUGCAACCUGACUGAAGGCACGUCAUACCUGUGCUCCUGGCUCUGGGAGUCCACUGAAGACAAUUGGUUUAUGCGGGACAUAGUGUGGCCCAGACGUGACCAACGCAUGAGUAAUAUGUUGGACGGCGGCGCCCCCUUCUACCGGUGCUAUAGGACUCAGGACAACAAGUUCAUGGCAGUGGCCGCUCAGGAGUGGAAGUUCUACCAGUUAUUGGUCGAGAUGUUAGGCCUUUCUAUUGAGGAGUGCGAUAGAAAUGAGACCGAAAAUUGGGACCAAUUGUCGGAAAAGUUUGCCAGAGUUUUCGCCACAAAAACACAGAAAGAGUGGACAGAAAUGUUUGAUAAAGUGGACGCCUGUGUGACCCCAGUUUUGGACUUCAAAGACGCCCACCACUACAGACAUAAUAUCGACCGAAACUCGUAUUUCCCGAACGGAAGGCCCAAACCGGCGCCCAUUCUGUCCCGAACUCCGGCCAAAGCCGUGGCCUAUGAUAACGAAGAGACCGAUUGUUUGCAUACAAAACAAAUACUUUUGAAAUAUGGAUAUUCUGAAGGAGUUAUCAAACAAUUGAUUGCAAACAAAGUGAUUGAAGCCGAGACUCAUAUCUCAAAACUUUAA